AUGUCUGAUAUCAACGGUUCAUGCUCCAGAUGCAAGACUGAAGCCGCUAUCCUCAUUUCCAGGAAGGAAAAGUUCUGCAAAACGUGUUUUGCCCGCUUCAUCGGGGGUAAGCAGCGGAAGCAGAUGCAAGACGAAAAGUUCAAGGUAAAGUACGGAAAGGCCGAAAACAACGUCACCCGUGUUCUCUUGGCGUUGUCUUUUGGGGUCUCGUCGCUUGCCUUAUUGGACAUUAUUCUGCUGAUGUUGAAGGAACAAGCGGGAAUGCACCAUGGAAAGCAGGGCUUUGAGUUGGUAAUCCUUAAUAUUGACGAGCACACCACAAAUUCCCUCACACAGUCUGCCCGUGAGAUUGUGCCGUUGAUGAAGGUACGCUACCCCAACUUGACCUUCAAGGUGUUGAGCUUGAGCUCUUUCGUCAAUAACCAGGCGCUUUUGGCACGAAUCAGUCUCUACGAUGACUUCUCCGCUAUAGUGAAGGAUUUCAGCGCCGAGGAUUUCCGAAUUGCGGAUCUUUUGGACCGUUGUCCGAACAAGUCCUCCCGCGAAGACUUGUUACACAUCAUUUACCGCGAGUUGGUGCUCCGCACGGCCUACUUGGAGAACUGUGGAACGGUGCUAUACGGGCACAACAUGUCGCGUUUAGCAAAUGACGUUAUAUCUUUGACAGUCAAGGGCCGUGGGUCUUUGGUUGCGGAGGCCCUUACUGAUGGUGAAGUUUCCUAUAGGGAUCGCAAGAUCCAGAUCAUUCAUCCGUUGAGAGACAUUUUGCAGUCUGAGGUCGACAAGUACGCGGAAUUAAUGACUUUGGGAGUUUUUACCCUUACCAGCAGCAUUCCCGUGUCCACAGUUACCAAGAACAUGACCAUAGGUGAGAUCACGUCCGCCUACUUCGAAAUGGUGGAGUCUGACUAUGCCUCAGUUGUUUCUACCGUAGUGAAGACCGCUGAUAAGCUUGUGCCACCAACUGCUGGUACCACCAACACAUGUCGCGUGUGUAAAGCCGUGAUUCACCAUGACCCCAAGAGCUGGUUGCGCAACAUCACCGUAAACACGCCGUCGGAGUUAACAACUGACGAAGAGAGAGCUGUCCACGCAAAGUAUAUGGCUGAAAGAGUGGUUGAAGAGAAGGGCAGUGGCGAAAAAGCCGAUUUAUGCUACGGGUGUAUCGUCACCUUGGGUGGUAUCACCAGCGCCGGCUUUGUCUGGCCCAUGGAGAAAGACUCGUCCGAAGCGAUUCUAAACGAUUAUAUCUUGAGCGACAAGGAGGAUUAG